AUGAAAGUCUUGUUAUUAUUGAAACAAAUUAUCUACAAUAUUGUUGGAUAUCCAAAGGAUGAACCUCUUCAGUCAACAAUCGAAGCUUUAAGUGUAUUUGAAAAGCGCACCAAAUGGUUUCGCUGUCUUCACUAUGGAUUUGUCCAAUCAAAGCAAACAAAGUCAAGGAGUAACUUUGAUUAUAUUAGUUGGGCUAUUCGUUUGACUGCUGUUAUCAACAUUAUAAGAGGAUUGACUUUAGCUUCAACCAACAAUUCCUGGUAUCAUUUAAUUUUAGGCGAUCCGCUGUUUGGUACAAAUGUCCUACCUUAUGCUUCGUUAUUCAUAAGCAUUUGGCUGGCUUAUAUUUAUAGUCUCUUCGAAUGGUUCCGUUGGGCUGAAAGGUCAGGAUCAUUAUUCAUGUUAUACGACUUUCAUCAAUGUCGAUUGGACAAUUUUAAUUCGCUUCAAGAUGAAUUGACUGCUUCUUCAUUUGCAACCUUUCGUACUCUCACUCACAUCAUCAGUGUCUUUUUUUCCCGUUUCCUAGUCUGGGGUGUUUUCAUGAUAACCCUUUUGAUAAACGGUCCUUUGCUUUCUAAUCCUUUAUAUUAUCAUAAUUAUGAAUUCACAAUUACUUCAUCUCUAUGGUCAAUCAGUUUAACAUUUCCUAUGGUUUAUUUGUUUAAUUGUAGCGCUUCUAUCGGCUGUUAUUUCAUUUUGAUAUCGCUUCUAAUGUUGAUACGCUACAAGUCACUGGUUAAAAAAGGAUAUAUUGCUAAAGUAACUGCUUCUAAUUUAAAUCGCGAUGUUAGUUAUUUGGUCAAUCGGACAAUUAGUUUGGGUAAUGAAACUGAUGCCUUGUCUCGUUCAUUAAAGUAUCUCAUCCUCUAUUACAUCAUCCUCGCCUCGAUCGUAUGUGAUCUGGGUAUAUUUUUUGGUAUAAUUGUUCCGAACGAGUCAAUAUUGAUUCGAUACAUUCUAUGCUCUAUGGGAUUUCUUGUCAUCGCUUUGCUUGGAGCUGCUUUAUAUUUUAAUGGUGAUCCUAUUCAAGAUCUCAGCAAGCUCCAUAGAUAUUUCCUACAGAUUUUAUUGAAGAGACGAUUCACCAAUUUCAACAAUGAGCUUUUCAAAAUUUAUGAAAUUUUCGACCGUAUUAUUGGACCUUAUAAUGGUGUCAGCGCAGGCGACUUCAGUGUAAUUACGAAAAGAUUUUUUUUAACGGUUUUAAUGGAAAACGCUUCGAUGCUUAUGUUAUUCACCUGUAAUGUUCAAACUUAUAUGCAAAGGAAGUGAACUAAGAUUUGCUCUAAUUUGAUUAAAUCAGUCAAAUCGAUAGCGAUCUUGUUUAUUGCUCUUUCUUUCCAAUUUCAUUUCUUGUCCAUCUUGUUCAUUGAUUCACAAAAAAGAGGUUUUGCUUGAUAUUUAAUGGACUAACCAAGCUUGAAAUUUAUCAUUUUACGAACAAAGGAUAAUCUAUUGAGAAUCUUCUUCUUACUCUCUCAUCAUUUUUUCAUCCCUUUUUGUUCAACUUGAUCCUCAUCUAACAGGGUUUUCAAUCUCCUCCGGUUAAACCGGUUCCUCGAUUUAACCCGUAAAAAAACCAACAUGACCGGAGAUGGAAAUAUCUUGUGGCUCUUUCAUUGUCUUCAUCAUUCCUACCUUUUACCUCAUCUUUGUCUUACCCAACCAAUCCUGGGUUACCUAUUUUUAUUUCAUAUUAUACUAUUAUAAUGAUGAUGAUCAGCAUCAGGAUCAUUAAAAUUAACAUUUAUUAUUAUAUUUACCGUUGCAUUGUGAAGUUAGAAGGCUAAGAAAAAGUCUAAUGUUAAUGUUAGAUGAGGCUCU